ACACAAAUGAGCCCAUAUGGGCGUUUUAACAGUUGAUAUGCCAUUUUUCCCCCCUAGCUUAAAAUGAGUACUCCCACGAGAAGAAGUAAAAUAAGCUAGAACCAUUAUUGUACCCCCGACCCCAUUUGAUGGGGCAUUGCGGUUGUAAAAUGGGGGUUUUCAAGGAAUAACGGUGGCGUAGGGGAAAUUGAGACGAGCCAAACAGAGAAAGGAAUAACUCAGCCAUGACCAACAAGGCAGUCAGCCGCAGCGACAAUUUCAGUAGGAUUAUUUCUGCAGUCAGAUUCGAAAUAUCCCGCGCAAUGUGUGUCGGCGCUGUUUUUCUGUUCGGAGUAGCCGCGCCUUGGUGCUGCAGAGGACGCCGAAGUCGGAACUACGCGCGGAGGAACACCAGCCUUCGGAGCGCGCGCGCGUGCGUUGAAAGCUGCGAUCGAGCAGCCAUUUGCCAGCGACGGCGCAUUCUUCUACCGUGGUUGAUGUUUCUCACUGCUUUGAACCCCCAAGACUCCACGGACUGCGGCUGCGGUCGUUUCAUUGCCAACUGUGAGGAUGAAGCAGCUUCAUGGCCGGAGAUCGGGUGCCUCCCAUCAGUUUCCCUUUUCAGCAAUAGAGGCCUUGGAGGCCUUUCUACCUGCGUUGCAUCCUGUGGCUGGACCACUCCAACGAUCUCGGCGGAAUCGUUACACAGGAAGAAGUCUGGCUGGCCCCAAGCCUGGUGCAAAAUGAAGAAAUGGCACUCCACAUCAAUUCAUGUUUACUUGUCGUCAUAACCAGUCUGUUAGCUUAAUUUUUGGUUCUUUCUAUUGAAUUCUCAAGAAAGGUACCAACUCUGUCAUUCAUUGAAAACAAAUUUUUGCACUUGGGGAUGCAGCCAUGCACAAAGCCUUUGAGCUCAUUAAUAUCUUUAUUUUUUAAAGAAAGUGCAGCUCCUGCGUGGAGCAAUAGGUUGAAUAAGACGAGGGUAAAUGAAAAGAUGGCGAAAUUAGUCAUCAACAGUUGUCCAACAAAGGAAGUCUCAAGCUGGAGGCAACAUCUUUGCAAGAGAACCAAAUGGCUCCAGCCUGAGACAUUCGUUGUUCAACCUGGCAAGUCUCCUUCUCGAAAUAUUUCCUCUAGCCUGAGACCUAUAGCCAUUCCACCACCCUUGACCAACAAUACACCUAUACAUUUGGUAACCCAUGGAAAGGUAGCAAAUUCACAUUCAAGGAAAGGGAAUGUAGUGUGCACCCUGGAAGGUAGCAUGAACAGUAUUUUAUUUACUUAAUGAAAUGCAGAUUUGCUAUCCAAUUACUUUAUUUUGAUCCCCGUUUUAUAAUUGGACAGCAUGGUUCCUCGGAGAGAAUAAUAAUUCGAAGCUUACACAAUUUUGCUCCUUUAUGUCCGUUAAAUCUGUCCUGGUUGCUACACUAUCAGCCCUGUCUGCAAUUGCAUAGCAGUGUUUUGAGCAUGCAUCCAAAUUCAAAAGAAUAGUUAGGCUUCUACCUCAGAAUGUUUGCUACUGUGUUGCAGCUCGAAUUCUAUGUCUAGGUGGUCACUGUGAUGCCAUGUGCUUUUUAAAUAAGACCAAUAUGCUAUUUGAAGGGCAAUUAAAUGCAAUCUCAAAUGACCUCAGCUCGGGGAAUGACACAAUUGGAGGUCAAUGUGAUAAGGAGGAUCUGAUUUCUGAAAACAAGGCACUUAAACGGGAGAAAGCAUGACUAAUUUCGUCUAAAGAUGCUGCUAUUGGAUAUGAUCAGGGAAGGUACUUGUUCGUGGCUGCAUUUGCAACAUGUUACAUUGCUGGCUUUAUAUAUUGCACUGGGUACAGUGAAAUGUUGCUGCUUGCACAAUAUUCAACUAAACAUGGUAGCCAUGCUAAUGUGUCCAUGCAGAACACAACUCAUCCACUAUUAUGGACUACAGUGGAACCUCAAUAAACGAAAAUCGCUUCGAAACUGCCGCUUAAAUAGGACACCAUCCUGAUAAUUGGUUGGCUCUCUGCAAUGUCUCUCAGUAAAUAUAAUGCCUGGUAAAUGGAACCAAUUUCCCUGGCACCUUGCGGCUCCAUUUAAAGAGCACCCACUGUAAAAAUAUAGGGGGGAUCGUGUUUGGAACUUUCGUAAAUGUAGUCUUAAACAAAACCGCAUUUCAGUGGGAGCGAAAUGCAAAAGCACCCAUGUACUUAGGUGCAUGUUAAAGAACCCUAGGUUGUCCAAAUUAAUUCGGGGUUACUCGCUAUGGCAUGUGUCAUAAUCAGAAGGUGGGUUCUGGUUCGUAAAAGACAAUAAUUUUUAAUAGCUUGCUCAGAAAUCCAGCACUAAAUUAUGUAGCUCGUUUGUGAUGAGUCCCAAUUUCUUAAUUUAGUACUUUGACAUUUAUCAUAUUUGUGUGCUAGUCCAUGCAAAAUACAACUGAUCGGCCUCAUUAUACCAGCCACUGUUAAUUAGGAAUGGCUUAGUCAAGCAACUUAAACUUACAGCACGAACAUCUAAGACGAACCACAAAAGGAAGAUACGACACACACUGGUGCUAACAACUUCUUUAUUUCUUCGUCGUCGAUGCAAUAUAAACCCUAGGCCACACUACCGCGCAGGCACUCAGAUUACAUUACAGAGAUCUGCCAAAUUAUCACAUACGCAAGCGUAGGAAGUCAAAUUCAGAUGGAUGCAGGGACAAAGAUAUCUUACUAAUGCAAUUAUCGCCCUGCCUUUCUUGUGGUAGGCCUCUAAGGCAAGCCGCACAUGCUCAUUCUUGCUUUUGCCAAGAAUCGACGUCCCAUCAAGUUGUGCCUCACAAUUGUUGCAAGAGUUUAUAUGCGCACCAAGGUGCGCUCCUCUAUCUACAUUUUUGUUUACUUGUUGCGCAUGUUCCCUGAGUCGUUCAUUGACGCAAUGCCCUAUCUAGCCAAGCUAUGUCUUACCACAUGAGAGUGAAUGGUAUAAACCACGCCGACCGCGCACAACACGUAUGAAGCAUCAUGCCGAAUUUGGCAUCCUCCUCUGCCCUCUCCGCAGGUGCGGGAGCAUAGCUUUAAAAGCUUGUUCGGUGCAGAAAACGCCAAAGGAACACUAUGCCUGCAAGCAAUUUUCUUGAGUUGAUAGAUGACCUUAUGUGUUUAAGGGACCGCCCAGGGAACAUGCACAAAAAGUAAACAAAAAUGUAGAUAGAAGAGUGCACAUUGUUGCGCAUAUAAACUCUUGCAAAAAUUGUGAGGCACGACUUGAUGGGACGUCGAUUCUUGGCAAAAGCAUGAAUGAGCUUGCGCCUUAGAGGCCUACCACAUAAAAAGGCAAAAUGAUAAUUGCAUCAGUGACAUAGCUUUGUCCCUGCACCCAUCUGAAUUUGAGUGCCUACGUUUGCAUAUGUGAUAAUUUGGGAGAUCUCUGUAAUGUAAUGUGUGCGCCUGUGCAGUUGUAUAGCCUAGGGCAUAUAUAUGCAUCGACGACGAAGAAAUAAAGAAGUUGUCAGUUAGCGCCAGCGUCUGUCGUAUCUGCCUUUUGCGGUUCGUCUUAGGUGUUUGCGCUGUAAGUUUUAAGUUCAGAAUUAUGUACCAACUAGGCCAAAUGAAGUUUUACUCUUAGUCAAGCGAGCUCAAUAUAUAGUCUGUGCAAAAGUGUGGAGUGUCAGUACAAAGUAACAGUUCAAACACAUGGCUCUGUAGUUACAGUUCAGUAUGAAAGGAGAUAAGAUUUCUUAGCAUUUCUUUCAUUUACUAAUUUCAUUGUGUUAGGACAUGUAGAAUACUAGCAACUGGCAUGCUUACAACGUACAGUGCUCUUUUUUAAAAUCCAGACAAUUGUUUUACUGGGGCAGAAAUGUGCUUUCUUUUGGGCCCGGAAGUGAACAUAUUAUAUUUCUUACAUUUGGUGUAAAAUAAAUUUUCUUCACUGUCA